UUCCUAUCCUCUUGUAAAACAAACUUAAAGCCUUGUCCAUAUCACAUGACUCCACAUAACCCAUUCAUCACAGUCUUCGGUUUACCAUCUCUCUAACUAAUAUUACCAAACCGAGAAUUAAACCGGUUUUUAAACCCUAGAAAACUAAAAUUAGAACCGAUCGCUGUAAGCAUCCAAAGAUGAGAACUUUGAGCUCUCAACUGUACUCCAAUGGUGGAAUCUCUCUCUUCCCCAAAAACCAAAGCUCUCCAUCGAAAAAGCAUCUCAAUUUCUCCAAACCCUCGAGACUACAACUCAUAUCCGCCGUUCAGUUCCGACCUUGCAUCGACAUCCACAAGGGGAAAGUGAAACAAAUAGUUGGAUCCACUCUAAGCGACUUGAAGGAGGAAGAUGGGUCAGUCCUCGUUACAAACUUCGAAUCCGACAAGUCCGCGGAAGAGUAUGCGAAGAUGUACAAAGAAGAUGGGCUCACGGGAGGGCACGUGAUCAUGCUUGGAGCUGACCCUUUAAGCCAAGCUGCUGCUUUAGGAGCCUUACAUGCUUAUCCCGGCGGUUUGCAAGUUGGAGGUGGAAUCAAUUCAGAGAAUUGCUUGAGUUAUAUAGAGGAGGGAGCAAGUCAUGUCAUUGUUACUUCGUAUGUGUUUAACAAUGGGAAGCUUGAUCUUGAAAGACUGAAAGAUCUUGUGAAGAUUGUUGGGAAGGAAAGAUUGAUACUAGACCUUAGCUGUCGAAAGAAGGAUGGAAGAUACGCAAUCGUUACUGAUAGAUGGCAGAAGUUCAGCGAUGUGUUGGUUGAUGAGAAAUCAAUGGAGUUUCUUGGAGGGUUUGCAGAUGAGUUUCUGGUGCAUGGUGUUGACGUUGAAGGAAAGAAGCUAGGGAUUGAUGAAGAGCUUGUAGCAUUGCUUGGCAACUAUUCUCCGAUCCCAGUAACGUAUGCGGGAGGGGUGACGGUGAUGGAAGAUGUAGAGAGGAUCAAAGAAGCUGGAAAGGGACGUGUGGAUGUGACAGUAGGAAGUGCCUUGGACAUUUUUGGGGGAAAUCUACCUUACAAAGACGUUGUGGCUUGGCAUCACAAGCAAGCAGAACCCGCCUCAACUCUCCACUAAAAGUCCCACCACAUUUUUCGAUUUCAAUGUGUUUCAAUUAAAGGGAAUAUCAUCUCAAAAGAGUAAUUGUUGCUGGAUAUUACUUGCAUGUCCGUUUCUCUUCUUCCAUUUUAUAACUGAAAAAUAAUAAUAUGCUGAUAACUUUUGUGAUCUUUUACUUAUGUAGAAACAUUACUCUUUACAACCUCA